CUAUAUUUAACUUGGAAAUUCCCUACUUGUUCUUGCGCAAGAGAUGAUAGUCUAAUGUGUUAUUUUAUUUACUGAGUCCAUUUUUUUCAAUCUCUUCAGGUACUUUACUGUGCAGUGUGAAAAUUUGCAAAAUGAGGAAAGAGAAUACGUAUUUACCUUCUGCCAAGAAGAUCUUCCAGCGGUACGAAAGAGCCAAGUUUCAGGAGAAUAUUUUGUUGGUGGGGACCGUUGGGGCGGGUAAAUCAGCCACAAUCAACACCAUCAGCGCCGCCCUGUCGGGAGAAAAGAAAUAUCGCGCCCCUAUCGGGUCCCAGCUCUCCUCCCCAGACGCUAAAAGAAAGAGGACCACGACACAUCUUAUGUGGUAUAGAGGGUGUGGCAUAGAUGAAACUAGAAGGAAAGACAUGCAUGCACCAAAAUAUAUACCAAACCUUGUGGACAUGACUGGAUUGGAGGAUAUUGACUCACGUGAACAGGAAGAGCUGUUGGAAAUGAUAUUAAUGGGAAAGAUUCCGAACGAGACUUCAAUUCCCGCAUUACAAGACAUGGAGAGAAGAAGCCCAGGAACAUUACGAAGACGUUUUCCAUUUAUCUACAAUCCUCGGCGCAUUCAUAAAAUAUUGUUUGUCGCUAGCGCUAACGAGCCUAUACCGACCAAACUGAUCCAGAGUGUCAGAAAUGUUGCACAACCUGACGGAAGCCCAUCCAACUACAACCCUAGAUAUAUCCCGGUGUUUGGUUUAUUGACAAAGGAGGACCUUGUAGAUUGGGAAGACGCUGAAAUUCAAAAUCGAGAGCGGGAAUUUCUUCAGAACCUCGGUAUCGACCAAACAGCCUCGUAUUCACGGUGGCAAAAUAACUCAACAGGGGAUUUUUCGAGCAAAGUGCUCUACUUUCUAGACAGAUUAUUGUCCCCUGAAGUCCGAAUGGUUCUUGAUCAAGUGUUCUUCUUCAAAAUUUGGAUGGGAUCCCUCUGGGAAAAUCCGUUAUAUAUUUUCCCACUAAUGAUUGUACCAUUCGUUGCUUUUUUCAUGGCGUAUUCUCUUUCUGAUGUCAUCAUGCCAGAAUUCGAACUUCUAGAUUUUCUAAGAAUGAAGACAAAACAAUAAUGUCAAACAUCUUUAGAUUAAUGUCUCUUUUAAAUACUCUCUGAAAAUUCAUUCUGAUUUAAUUCCCUUUUCUCCUAGUUUAUUUUUCUUCUAAUUCUUAAUGUUUUUUCUUUGAUAACAUUGAUGUGUUUUAGAUUUGAGUGAGUUGAAUAUAUGACACCAUUUUCUUGUGAGAUAAUUUCAAUUGUUUCUCUUAAUUAAACGUUUUAUUUCUUUCAUUACUCUGAAAUAUAUUGACUGAGUGGUUUAUAGUAUUUGUAGAGAAUAAAAAGAUAACAUUAAAUUGAUUAUCACAUUCUAUACAUGUACAUUACAUGUAGUAUAGGACAUAUUCAUUGAACUUAUAACGGCAUUUUAUUUUUU